CUUUAUUCUGGAUGCGCGUCGAUGUCGUAGUCCUCGUAUUAUGGACCUUGUUCUUUUGGAUGAUGGUAGGGCCAUCAAAAUGCAGUGUACCGGUUGGGCUGAAUAAGCGACGCGGCUCUCGACUGAGGAGUCUCGAAGUGUGUCUACAAGACCAUUCUGUAUGUUCCCGCAAAAAGAAUGUGAAGCCUGGGAGCCCUCCUGUUAGAGUGUUGCGAGGAACGACUUUGUCGUAGCAGUCG